CCGUUAUAAAGUUCGUUUCUUUAUAAAGCUACAAACUUUAUCAUUUCAUUCUUCAGAGAAUGAGUAACAUUGUGAUCAACACUCUUCGUUCAAAACACCCAAAGCUAACCUUACUCCAAACCUGCUCCUCCUUCUCCGACCUCAAGAUCAUCCAUGCCUUCCUCAUACGAACCCAUCUCAUCUCCGACGUCUUCAUCGCAAGCCGUCUCCUCUCCCUCUCCAAAUCCACUCAACACGCACUCAAAAUCUUCUCCCAGAUCCAAAGUCCAAACCUUUACAUCUUCAACCUACUCAUCCGCACCUUCUCCACAAGCCCAGAGCCUAAUAAAGCUUUAAACUUUUACACCCAAAUGCUGAGACUUCACAUCCCCCCAGAUAACAUCACGUUCCCCUUUCUAAUUAAAGCCUCUUCUGAGAUUGAAUCCUUGAAAUCAGGUGAGCAGGUUCAUUCACAUGUAGUUAGAUUCGGGUUUCACAACGAUGUUUAUGUAGAGAAUUCUCUUGUUCAUAUGUACGCUAGUUUUGGGUUGAUUGCAUCUGCUGGGAGAGUCUUUGGGGGGAUGUUGUUUCGUGACGUGGUUUCUUGGACUUCUAUGGUGGAUGGGUAUUGUAAAUGUGGGAUGGUGGAAGAUGCACGAGAGAUGUUCGACGAAAUGCCUCACAGGAAUUUAGUGACGUGGAGUAUUAUGAUUAAUGGGUAUGUGAAGAGUAAACGUUUCGAGGAAGCGGUUGAGUUGUUUGAAGUGAUGAGAAGGGAAGGUGUUGUUGCGAAUGAGACUGUUAUGGUGAGUGUGAUUUCGUCUUGUGCGAAUUUAGGUGCGCUUGGGGUUGGAGUAAGAGUGCAUGAGUAUGUGGUUAGGAAUGGAAUGAGUGUUAAUGUUGUUCUUGGGACAGCUCUUGUGGAGAUGUAUUGGAGGUGUGGGGAAGUGGAGAAGGCGGUUCGUGUGUUUGAGGAGUUGUCUGAGAAGGAUAGUUUGAGCUGGAGUUCGGUUAUUAAAGGUCUUGCGGUGCAUGGUCAUGGUAACAAGGCGAUUCAUUACUUCUCACGGAUGGUUAGGUUAGGUUUUGUGCCUAGAGAUGUUACAUUCACAGCUGUUCUUUCAGCUUGUAGUCACGGUGGGUUAGUUGAAAAAGGUUUGGAGUUAUAUGAGAUGAUGAAAAGAGAGUAUGGAAUUGAGCCUAGGCUAGAGCAUUAUGGUUGCAUUGUUGACAUGCUUGGCCGUGCUGGGAAGCUAGCAGAAGCUGAGAAGUUUAUCCUUGAAAUGCCGGUGAAGCCGAAUGGUCCUAUAUUAGGAGCUUUGCUUGGAGCAUGUAAGAUUUAUAAAAACGCUGAAGUGGCAGAGAGAGUAGGGAAUAUGUUGUUAGAGGUGAAACCAGAACAUAGCGGCUACUAUGUCUUGCUCUCGAAUAUCUACGCGUGUGCAGGAAAAUGGGAGAAAAUCGAGAGGUUGAGAGACAUGAUGAAGGAGAAGCUUGUUAAGAAACCACCAGGGUGGAGUUUGAUAGAGAUUGAUGGGAAGAUAAACAAGUUCUCCAUGAGAGAUGAUCAUCCUGAAAUGGGUAAGAUCAAAAGGAAAUGGGAAGAGAUUUUGAGGAAGAUAAGGUUGGUAGGGUAUAAGGGAAACACAGAGGAUGCGUUUUUUGAUGUAGACGAGGAAGAGAAGGAGAGUGCAAUUCAUAUGCAUAGCGAGAAACUUGCUAUUGCAUAUGGUAUGAUGAAGACUAAACCUGGUACAACCAUUAGGAUAGUGAAGAACUUGAGAGUAUGUGAAGAUUGCCAUACAGUAACAAAGCAUAUCUCUGAGGUUUAUGGUAGAGAGUUUAUUGUAAGAGAUCGGAAUAGAUUUCAUCAUUUUAGAAAUGGAUUAUGUUCUUGCAGAGAUUAUUGGUGACAGUUGCUUCACUUCUUUGUGUUUUUUUUUUUGUAUUUCUUAUGGAAGAUCUGUGAUUUUCAAUAGCACAAGAUUACAUCACUACAUUAGUAUGUUUAUUUUG